UUAAUGGCCAUGAGUUCCUAUUUGAUCAACUCGAACUAUGUGGACCCCAAGUUUCCACCCUGCGAGGAAUACUCCCAGAGCGACUACCUACCCAGUCACUCUCCGGACUACUAUAGCGCCCAGAGGCAAGAGCCAUCGUUCCAGCAUGAGUCGAUCUACCACCAGCGGUCGGGCUGCGCCGACCCAGCCUACUCGUCGUGCCAGGGUCCAGGGCAGCCCGCCGUGGUGAUGUCUCCUCGGGGUCAUGUACUAAGCCCAGCUGCACUCUCGACCCCUCUGCCAGAACCAAGCCAUCACUGCGACUCGGUCACUCCGAGCCCUCCGCCUGCUUGCGGUCAGACUCCCAUCAGCCAAAGCACUCCUUCGGCCACUUCGCGCAAGGACCCCGUGGUUUACCCCUGGAUGAAAAAAGUCCACGUAAACAUCGUGAGCCCGAACUAUUCGGGGGGAGAGCCCAAGCGCUCGCGCACAGCUUACACACGCCAGCAAGUUCUCGAGCUGGAGAAAGAGUUUCACUACAACCGCUAUCUUACUCGCAGGCGCAGGGUGGAGAUCGCCCACACCCUUUGCCUUUCCGAGCGACAGAUAAAGAUCUGGUUCCAGAACCGGCGUAUGAAGUGGAAGAAAGACCACAAACUGCCCAACACGAAGAUACGCUCCAGCCACUCUGCCAACUCGAAUUCAAGCGGCGGCCCGUUGGGCAGUCAAAACCGAGCUGGCGGACCUCCACCGAGCCUAUAGCUUUCCUGCACUCCUUAAAAAACACGCACAUUUUUUUUAAAAAAGAGAAAACCUCAGUUUCAGGAGUGAGGCGUGAGGAUUUUAGUCACAUUGUCUCAUACUAUCUCCCUCUCAACGCUCCUAAACGACAGGGAUGUAACGCGAGGUGGGGUGACGCGAAGGUGCAAAAAAGAGCAAAGAAAAUGUCUUUUAAACACAAAUGGGGCGAAGACUCGAACUCAAAACACUUCCACAGAUGGGCUCCCUCCCAGUCCAGUUCCCAUUUUUGUCCCGCGCCCCUCUCCUUCUCCUGCUCCCUCGCCCCCUCCACAACAACAGAAGGCAGCAGAUAGUUUUCAGAUUUGGUGAAGAUGGAUCCGUGUUUCAUCUUUAAUCAUGCCAAACUCAGCCCCAUUUGUCAUGUUUACUCUGUGGUACAAAGGAUGAACCGUAGGCCUGCCCAUUACCUCGACGUCUAGCGUUGUGCUUAAUAAAUGAGUCGCCUUGUUUUGUCAAGAGGCAUUUUCUAACUCCCUCUUCUUUGCUGGCUUAUAGCCUAGAAAACUAGCUGGACAUUGUUCUCAUCAUAUGAAGUUUCUUAUUGCAUAUUUUUGUCCUCCUCUAACGUUAAUCUCACAUUUAAUGUUUUGAUUUGCCAAUGGGACUGAUAAAGAUUGUGUGAAGUCCAGUUGUCGUUCAGAAAUACGGGAACUCGCCACGUUUUUUUCUGUUCAAUUGUUUAACGCAUUUCAGACUGAGAAUAGAAAAAUCAGACGUUCUGUAGUAAAACGACUGAUUUAGACGUUAUUCAGAUUCAAUGGAAAGUCAUAACAGUUGAAUGAAGCUGGGCAUAUCCAUAACCAAAACCGGUACAAUGCAAAGCAUUUUAAAGAGAGCACUGCUAAAUACUAUUUGAAUUACCUCAGUUGCAAUUUUUUUGUUGAUGUUUUUUGUUAUCUAGUUUUAUGAAGUGACAAGUUUUUUAAUUCAUUUGAUUGAAAUGCAAAUAUCUGCAAAAAUAUCUGCAUUUGUUUGUACGUUGAAAUGUAAUUUAAAUCUAUGUGUGGCCAGGGUUGUAUAGAGAAAAAAGUGCGUAUGUUGCAUGAUUGAAUACACUUUAUUUUUUUUCAUUUUCCUUGUUAUUUCGUCUCUACGUUUUUGUUUGCAUUUCACGUCAAAUAAACAUAUGCACAUGCCAUGCCUUUCUUUCUUUCUUUCUUUCUUUCUUUCUGUUUCUUUAUUCUAUCUUUUGCUCAUUUUCUUACCUGUGCCAUGUUUUAGUAUUUUAUCUUGUAUAAAAAAUCAUUUUACAUUCCAAAGAUCAGUUCUUCCAGUGAUAAUGUAUUUUCCCUCGUUCAUAUUUGUAUGUCGCCCCCUUUCUGCUUAUGCCUUCCACUGUCUACCUUUGUUAUUUGUAAAUAGCUAUAGAAAUUUAAUAAAUCACAAAAAUAUC